AUUGGUUAUUAGAUCUCUUCGUUUCGGGGUCGUAGAAGCCGUUUCGUAGGUCCCGGCCUCGGAAACUCACGCGGCGGCAAAGUCCGCGACGGCCUUGCGGACGUCCAGCCAAAUCACAGAGUGCUCGUUCUUGUAGGGAAGGGGCGUCUCGUACACCUCAACCUCCGAAAGAUGCCACGCGUAGACGUGCUUCCACGACAUCUUGUGUUGCACCGCCUCGCAGCUCGGCGCGUGGACACAAUGUUGGUCCUGGAGCUCUUUGAAACGGUCAUCCUCCAAGGGCCCUUCGACGCGAUGCAACUUCGCCUGACCCCAACACGCUCUUCCGUCGCCACUCGAACACAACGCGAUGGUCUCUCCCACAUGCAUUUCAUGAUAAGAACCAUACUCCCUCAUGUAUUCCUUGCCACCACCACCUUCCGAAGAGCGCUUGUAGUCGAUCCUGGGGGCUUCCGCGAAGUCUGGCAAGUCCAGAGGACAGUACCUUCUGUUGAGCUGAUUACCAUCGUAGUAAAAUUGGUGUAAACUGAGCGGUUCCACCAUUACUUCACACGAGCGGAAAGCAGCCGCGAAGCAGUCCGUCGUCCGCAUGGUGUAGAUGUGGGAUCUACCUCGACGACGAUGGCGUCGUUCUCGUGCGCGUCGUGCCAAGGUUCAGCUGACCGACUUUGUGGGCUUUAGCUUUCAACGGCUUCUCACCCUCUGGGACAUCUGCAGAUGGGAGAGCCUCCGUCGAGCCGCCGCCGCCGCCGCUCUGCUCACGAUAACAAUACAAAGUAGCGCUGCUGCCGAGGUCUUGGUCCUCUGGAGAAAAGCGCGGGCGCAUCAGGCAGCCUUCCUCGUUGAGGAUACGGAGCUUGCUGGGGCAGUCACCCACCGCCUGCGUGCAAAUCGAGCACCCCUGUUUACGUCGGCACCGGCUUUGAGUAGGGCGGCGACGACGUCCGUGUUGCAGCACUGGGUCGCCCUAUGGAGAGGUGUCUUCUGCAACCUGGUCGUCGGCACAUUCAAAUCCGCUCCCGCUUCGACGAGCACAUUUAAGCAGGCUACUUGUUUUUCCGAGCUGCAGUCAUGGGAGCAACAAUAGUAUGCAGGCGUCCGGCCCGACCGAUCUGGUACAUUUGGCAAGACGCCAUUCGCAAGCUCCCGUCGCAACGCGGCGACGUCGCCUCUUUCACAUGCUCUGUGUAUGGGUUCGUUCCUCGGCAUGAUCUUCUGUGCCAGAUGUUCGUGACAGCGCCUUGUAGCGCGGCGUCCGGGAGAGAUAUAUGAGCACUGCGUGUCAAUUGGCUCUACGGCCGCCCUUGGGACCAACGCUGUCGACGUAGAAAGACCAGAAGAUAGGUCCUCU